UAUAUUUUGUUAUUUGAUGUAACAGUUAGUAUGCAUAAUUAUUUAUUUUUUACACAUUGAUAUUCCUAUAGAAACAAAAUUACAUAAUGAAGAAUAAUAUUUUUAAUGUUUCAACAAAAAACCAUAUUCAUUAUAAAAGUUUUAGGUUUGAAGAUCAAAAUGAUUUAUUUGGUUUCAAAGCAUCUAAAAGAAGGGUUCAUAUCAUCCAAGAAAACAAUAGAAUUUCUAAUUUAGAAGCUCAAAUUAAGUAUGCUGCAAACAGGGUAUUUAUAAACAAUGGUGAUUCUUAUCAUGGAAAAUACAUUAUACAAGAAAUCAGUCAAGUACUAUUCACAGACAUUGAGUACAUAAAUCUAGAUACCGAAUUAACUGAAAAAAAUACAGCCAAUGAUAAGUAUAAAGAUCAAGAGUUAAAUAGUACUUAUCAAGACUCACAAAAAAGUCAAAAUUCGAUUUUAAAUAAUACUUAUCAAGACUUACGAAAAAGUCGAAAUUCGAUUUUAAAUAAAUCUAUCAACAGUAUGAAAUCAGUGUCUGUUGAUAAAGAUCUUCAAGUAAACAAUGUUUUGGAUAAAGUAUACAUUGAUGAGGAGGUAGAUAAUGAAACUCCAGAAAAACAAUUUAAAUACAUAAGAAACAUUGAAGUCCAACCAAUGUAUAACAUACAUAAACCUACUAUAAAAGUAAAUAAGGAAGAUGUUGAAGAAUACAAAUAUGAUAUAGUAACUACAGUAAAAAAUAAAUUGAACAUCGAUGAUGAAAGAUAUAAAUACUUGAAAAAUGUGAAAAAAAUUAUUAUUUCAAAUAACAAACAAUUAUUAAUGAAAGAAAUACAAAAAUGUGCAGUAGUUGUGUAUGACAUAUCAUUGGCUAAAAAUCAAAUAACUGAAGCUAGUAUAGCAUUACAUAGUAUAAUAGAAGAAAUUAAAUAUAUAAAAUGUCAUCCAAAAAGUGUUGUAGCAAGACAAAGUGGGAUUAGAGUUUUUAUACUUAUAUCAAGUAUACAAACAUGGGCUUUGACUAAAAACAAAUAUACAAGUCCAAUUACACAAGAUGAUUAUAAGGAUCGUAUUUGUCAUCCAAAUUUUCAAUCAUUCUAUGAUAUGGAAAAUUGUAUAUUAUUAUUAAAUGAUAAAUACAGUGGAUAUUUUUAUGGAAUAAUCUUAGCACCAGGUUUAGUCUAUGGUCAAGGUGAGCACAUAUUAAAAUACAUAUAUAAAAUGGUUUUUAGUGAUGCAGAACAACUAUUGGUUCCAAAAGAAGACAAUAAUUUACCUAUAAUACAUGUAGAAAAUCUAGCAAAAAUUGUUAAAAAUCUGGUUGUGUAUUAUGAUAAAGUGACAAAACCAUACAUAGUUGGCAUUGAAACUGCUAAGAUUAGUUUACGAAGUAUAACCAAGUGUAUUAUAAAGCAAACUCAAAAAAAAAAUUAUGUAUACUGUGAUUACAUAAGUUUAUGCCUAAAUUCGAGGAUUACUCAAACUGUCUAUGACAUGAUUACUAUGUCCAUUCAAAUAGUUCCUGUUAUUGAUAAUUACAUAACACAGUUUAUGGGAUUAGACAAGUCUAUUCCCCGGAUUUUUACUGAAACCAAAACAUUAAUCUCUGAAUAUCACAACAAAUAUUCUAAAAAGAAAAACAUUAUCAUCAACGGACCACUUGAAAUUAUAAAUUUUGCAGAAAAAUUAGCACAUACUUAUAAUCUUUACUUUGUCGAUCUAAUAACAAUUAGCAAAGAAUUUUUCAAUAUAUUAGAAAAUAGUGUUUACGAUAUUGAUUCAAAUUGGUUACAAAAUUUAAGUAAUAAUAAAUUAAUUAAUAAAACGGUUUCAACAAUUAAUAACUCGUCACUGCAAAAUUUAGAUAUACUACUUAAUAAGUCUAGUAAUAAGUUUGAAGAAAAACAUUUAGAUAAUCUACCAACAUUUGGCAACAAACAAUUAUUGGAAGAGCAAAAAAAACAUUUUAAAGACUAUGGUAGAAUUUCUGAUAAAUAUUUAUUACCAUUUAUAAAAAAUAAAAUAUUAAAGAAUAAAGUGAAUAAAUGUGGUUAUAUAAUUGCUAAUUUUCUUGAAAAUAUUGAACAAGCUCAAAAUCUUUUUGAUUUGAAGCACUUUGAAUCCAAAAAAGAAAAUGAUUUACAAUUAAAUGAAAAUGAAAUAUAUCCAACAAUCAUCAUUGAUGUAAUUAUGGUUGGAAAAAAUGUUAUGAGGAAAAUCGUGUAUAACUCGGAAACAGAACAAAUAAACUUAAACUCAAAAUUAGUGUGUGAUGAUGUAUUAGAUAAACUACUAGAUUGGCCCUCGCUAGAUUCUAAAUAUACAGAAAGCGAAAUUAUGAAACAUAUUUUGGAAAAUGAUCACAUAGAAAUAAGAAAAAAUCGUAACUUAGUUGAUUAUUUAGAAGUUUUGUUUAAACCAAAAAUAUAUAAAGAGUAUUUAUUAAUAACUCAAAGUAAUUGCUUAUUUGUUGAUCAAAGAGAAUUUGAUAAACUGUUUGAUUCACUUUUAAUAAACAUGCCGGCAAAAUUAAAAGUUAAUGAAGCUGAAAACAAAGUAUGUGACAUAAAAGAUAUGAUCAAUAAAACGUAUGUCAUUCAUCCAACAAUGAUUAAAAAUAAAGAUUUAGCAAUGGAAGAAGAUAUUUAUGAAAAAAAUCUAGCUCAAUUGUUGAAAGACUCUACUAUUAAAAAAGAAGAACAUUUUUCAUUACAAAAUACUAAAAUAAUAGAUUUUCUAAUUAAAUGUGUAAAUCCUUUAUUGAUAAAUGGAAUAUUGGAAAUUAUGAAAAAUACGCCAGAGGAUCCCAUUGAUUUUUUGGUAGAAUAUAUUUAUAACCAUAAUAUGUACAAUCCAUGUGUUUCUUCACCACCAUUGAAUAAAAAACCAAAAGUAGCUAAGAGCCUCAACAAACACCUGUUGUGAUUUACAAAAUAUCAAUAAGUAUUUUUAUUUAUU